CAUCAAUAAUCCAUCACAAAGUCUUGGCGACUCCUGUCCAAGCAGUCUCGCUUCACUGGACGACUACCGAUCAAAGACCCGGGCCUCCUCACCACUCGUUGCUCAUCGGCAUAACAGGCAACAUGGGUAAUGAUGGGGGCUCCAUCCCCACCAGACGCGAACUCGUCAAGAAUGCGUCUCGCGCGCCGACCGUCUCCGAGCUGAAGGCGACAGCGCUCGAGUCUCUCUCGCAUGCGUGGACACAUUGCGCACUUAACGGAGAUAGUCUUGAUUUGGAAUCAGUUGUGUCGGACUGGCGCGGCCGCCUUUACAACUAUGAGGCGAUCCUUAACGGCCUCAUGCCCACCGAUGAACCGGCAGAGGUCACUCCAGCAUCUCUCGGCAUCACCUCUUUACGGGAUGUACAAAAGCUGAAGUUCUCGAAAAGCGGCGACAAAUGGGCGUGCCCUAUCUCGAUGAAGGAGAUGGGCCCGUCAACAAAAGCGGUCUAUCUGGUUCCUUGUGGCCACGUUUUCGCGGCAGUUGCCAUCAACGAGAUCCAGGAGAACACUUGCCCGGAAUGUUCAGAAGCCUUCGAGCGCGAAAACGUCAUAUCGAUCCUGCCCGUAAUGGAGAAAGAGAACAAGCGACUCGAGAAGAGGAUAGAGGAUUUGAGGGCGAAAGGUCUGACACACUCUUUAAAGAAGGACAAGUCGGAAAAGAAGAAGAAGAAGCGCAAGGGCGAAGAGAUGAAUGGAAAUGGUGUUGCGAAAGACCAGCUUGGCACAUCUGGCGAGGCGAAGGCGAGCAAGGAGCUUGAUACCAGGAUUAGCGGCAUCAACAACCCAAUGGCGGCAUCGCUGACGGCCAAGGUUCUUGCUGAACAAGACGAGAUGAACAAAAGACGCAAGGUAGCGGCGGGGGGUGCAUCGAGAAAAGCCGAGGUUGCUCGUAGCUGAAUAUCUCCAUCUGGCCUCAACCCGGCAUGUACAGUACGAUGUUACGAAUUGAUACCCUGACAUUCACGGCCGUAG